AUGAGUACCAAAAGAUCGCCCUUCCUCUACCCUGGAGCAAUUUCUUCUCCAGAUCAAUUGGCAAUUUUACAUUUAAAACGGGACCUCCAAACUCCAACAAUUCUGAAGAGCACUGAUGAAAAGGAUGAAGGAUACGCGGAGGGAAAGGUAACCAACACUCGGUUUGGAUCUUUCCCGCAUACCACUUUAAUUGGAAUACCAUGGGGAACUCAAGUACUUGCAUCAAAAGUCGACACUGGAUCUAGAGGACGCAGAGGUGAUAAGAAACGGAAACGAGAUGAUGUAGAAACUGCCGAUACGCCCAAAGCCGCGGAACUCAUUGCAGAAAAUGCGGAAGAUGGAUCCUCAACGCCUACCAGCGCAACGAAGGAGGUGACGGAAGCUGUAGCUGCCGGGAGCGGAUUCAUACAUUUCCUACCACCUACGCCAGAAAACUGGACCAAUUCAUUACCGCAUCGAACGCAAGUCGUAUACACACCUGAUUACAGUUAUAUUUUACAUCGUAUACGCGCAAGGCCUGGAACUAGUUUAAUCGAAGCGGGAGCUGGUAGUGGAUCUUUCACACACGCAUCGACAAGAGCUGUAUUUAGCGGAUAUCCCGAUGAACACACAACAAAGAAGCGUAAGUUGGGGAAGGUCUGGAGUUUCGAAUUUCAUGAACCGAGACACGCAAAACUGGUUGAGGAAUUAGAAGAGCAUGGGUUAGAUAAACUUGUAGAGAUUACACAUCGAGAUGUAUGCGAGGGAGGGUUUCUGGUGGAUGGAAAAAGUCCAAAGGCCGAAUCUAUAUUUUUGGAUUUACCUGCUCCAUGGUUGGCAAUUCCUCAUCUCACUAGGUCUCCUCCGCCUCCUAUUAAGAACCCGAACGGCGAGCUGGCACCAUCUAGGCCCAUCUCAGAACCAUUCGUUUCCGCUCUAAAUCCCGAAGCACCAGUCCAUCUAUGUACUUUCUCUCCCUGCAUCGAACAAGUCCAACGAACCAUAUCUGUCAUGCGACAACUUGGCUGGGUUGAUAUCGAAAUGGUAGAAUUAUCUGCAAAGCGCUUUGAGAUUCGUAGGGAAAGAAUAGGUAUCGAUAAUGGAGUGCAAAGAGGUCUCCAAACUACACCAGCCAAUGUUGAAGAAGCCGUUGCUCGAUUACUAGAAGUUGAAACUGGCCAUCAAAGUUUCCACAAGAAAGGCGAUGCUCCAGACAAAAUGCCAAGACAGAAUCCAAAUACAAGGGCAACAUUGAUAAAGAGCUUGGUGGAGGGUAAGAUUUAUAAGGAAGGAAAAUUAGUACAUAAGACGGAACCAGAAGUCAGGACUCACACUUCGUAUCUGGUCUUUGCGGUAUUGCCGAGGGAGUGGAGCGAAGAGGAUGAGAAGAAAGCGAGAGAAAAGUGGGAGGUGAACUUCAAUGGCGAACCGGAGGCUAAUGCACAGAAACAAAGUGAGUUGCCUAUGAGUAAAAGGCAAAUGAAGAAAGCAGCGAGAGCCAGUCAUAUCAAGCCCGCCACUGCUGCUGCUCCGCUAGCUGGUGAUGGAACGGCAGUUGCAGAUGGAGCAAAUGGGUUCAUCAAAGAGGACACUGAAACAAAGGCAGAAGCCUAG